AUGGGCUCAGGGAGGCGACGUUCGAAAAGCUUUGCUUGCCGAGCUCGAAGCGGCAGAUUGGAACAAGGACUGCUUUGUCUCUCGGGUGACGAAAUCUUCCGAGAGGCGGAGCACGGUGUCGGCCCACAAGAAGCGCGGAUGGUACACCGUCGAAGGCAUGUCUACCUCGUUAAAGUGGAGCAAGCAACUUGCCAUGUGUCAGGUUAA